UUAGUGUGAAUUUUGCUCGGCCGGCGAUUGCGCGUGGUCCGUGGUUUCUGAAUUUGGUGUCGCCUCGAAGAUGGCGGAUGCAGAACAUCGAACAAAGGAGGAUUCAACGUCGGCGUCAAAAGAAACGAUGGUGAAGGAAGAAAAACGUGAGAACAGUUUGACAAAUGGUGGUAAGGGCUCGGGGGACGAUGCAGACAGUCUCGAGGAAUUACCAUUGGACAUUGGGGAGCAUUAUUUAGUCCGUAGAUCCGAUGAUUCUUGGCAUCCUGCCGAAAUUAUUCAAACACGUUAUAAUGAAGGGGAAAGUCAUUAUGAAUAUUAUGUUCACUACGAAGGUUACAACAGACGAUUGGAUGAGUGGGUUCCGAGAGAUAGAAUUAUGUCCAGUAGAUUUGACAUGAGCGAUCGCUCGUGGAAAAAUAGCGACAGAAAUCCAGCGACUGAUUUACUCGCAGAUUCAACGGAUCGAAAAAUUACUAGAAAUCAAAAAAGAAGACACGACGAAAUUAAUCACAUACAAAAGACUUAUGCAGAAAUGGAUCCAACAACUGCGGCAUUGGAAAAAGAACACGAGGCCAUCACCAAAGUUAAAUAUAUCGAUAAAAUACAAAUAGGUAAAUAUGAAAUUGACACCUGGUACUUUAGUCCUUACCCGGAAGAAUACGGCAAACAACCAAAACUUUGGAUUUGUGAAUACUGCCUCAAAUAUAUGCGUUUAGAAAAGACUUAUCGUUAUCACAUGAGUGAAUGCAUACACAGACAACCAGUAGGAAAAGAAAUUUAUCGUAAAGGAACAUUGAGCAUUUGGGAAGUAGACGGAAGAGAGCACAAGAUUUAUUGUCAGAAUUUGUGUUUACUUGCGAAAUUAUUCCUGGAUCAUAAAACAUUGUACUUUGACGUGGAACCGUUUCUUUUCUACAUCUUGUGUGAAGUUGAUAAACACGGAGCACAUAUUGUUGGCUAUUUUUCCAAAGAAAAAGAAUCUCCGGAUGGUAACAAUGUUGCGUGCAUUUUAACUCUCCCUCCAUUUCAACGUCAAGGAUAUGGCAAAUUGUUGAUUGCCUUCAGUUAUGAACUGAGUAGAAUUGAGCAAGCUGUUGGCAGUCCCGAGAAACCGUUGAGCGAUUUAGGAAAACUCUCUUACCGAAGUUAUUGGAGUUGGAUCCUUUUAGAGAUUCUCCGCGAUUUCAGGGGAACACUCAGCAUCAAAGAUUUAAGUCAUAUGACGAGCAUAUCGCAGACGGACAUAAUAUCGACACUUCAAAGUAUGAACAUGGUGAAAUAUUGGAAGGGGCAGCAUGUCAUUUGUGUGACACCGAAACUCGUUGAGGAACACAUGAGGAGUAGUCAAUACAAGAGGCCGAGAUUAACAGUUGACAGUAGUGCUUUACGAUGGGGUGCGCCAUUAAGAAAAAACAUUAAACCAGGAAAAAAAUAGCGUGAAAAUCUCACAGAAUUUUUAUUCUCAAAUUUACAAUUGUAAGCGUGCCUAGCGGACGAGUAUCUUUGGCCAGAUAAUCGUGAGAAAAUCUCAAAAUCCAUAGCGCUCGCUUUAAUGAAUUUCUUGCUGUUUCGACAUGCCCGGUGACAAGAAAAUAAAAGCAGGAAAAAAUCAUCAUUCAAUCGAGAAAAGAGUAAAUUCUUGAAAGAAUUUUAAACAACGAUACGUGGCGAGGCUUUGUUUUUUUUUGUUCUUUAUCACUCGUAAUGAACAAAAUUCUUUGAAAUUGCUUCUUUUGUCACGUGUUUAUAUCUGUGCUUUGUAAAGUUUAAAUGUUUUAAUCACAGAUUCCUUUAGUUUUUCUCUCUUAAUUUAGUUUGAUUAAUCUUUUCAAUUUUGUUUUCUGACCAAAAAGAGACCAGUUGUAAAGUCACGCGCGAUUAUUGCGCAUCGCUCGUGGUAAAAUUACAGAUGGACGACUUUCUCACCCAGUAUUACUGCGCAGUAGUGAUUUUCUUGUAUAAAUCCAUAACGAAAUAUGUUUUUCGUCAAUAAAAUGUCUGUCUUUUAGAAAA